AUGUCACCCUUUGAACUUGUGUAUGGUAUUGGGGCUCAGCUCUCACUUCCUCUUGAAUUGGCAGCUUCCAAGUUACAGACAGUUAUUGAAGAUUCACAUUUUCAAAAUGCACUGGAAAGGAGGAUUAUGCAUUUGGCUAGAAUAGAAGAGGAAAGGGAAAAGUUGUUUGACCACAUUACAAAACAUCAGCAGUGGGUUAAACAGAUUUUUGACAAUAAAGCGAGGCCAAGGAAAUUUAUGCAGGGAGAUCAAGUUCUACUCUGGGACAAAAGAAGGGAAACGAGAGGAGCACAUGGAAAAUUUGAGUCCUUGUGGAAAGGUCCAUUUCUAAUUCAUGAGGUGAAGGGAUCAAAUUCUUUCAAGCUCGCGUAUAUGGAUGGUACUAUCCUUCCCUCGUCUUAUAAUGGACAGGAUCUCAAGCUCUACAAAUUGUAA